GGCUGACUGACUGACUGACAGAAAGAAAGACAGACGGACGGACAGGCAGACAGAUGCGGGCGGGAGGAUCGCUGCGAGGUGAAAGGGGGCCGGCGCCAGGCGGCACGAGCCACGCAGCGACGCUGACCAGCGCACGGGCAGCGGCAGCCGCUGGCUGUCCCGCGUUGGCGGAGCUCCUGCAGCUCGCCGAGCGCGGGCACGGCGCCGGGCCGGGCGGCGAGGAUGUCGGCGUGGGGCCGCCGCGCGUGGAGACGGCGAUCGGAUGGGGGGUUGGUGGAUCCCAUUGCGGCAACGCUCGGGCCGUGAGUGUCAGCUCGCGGUUAGCAAUCGUCAUGAUAAGCAUAAGUCACCACCACCACUCGUGACCACUAGCA